AUGGAAUGUAUUUUUAUGUGUUUGAAUGAAGAUGGGUGUUGUAGGUCUGUAAACUACAAGAAAAACUCUCUUUGCGACGAGAAGGAAAACUGCGAGCUACCUCAUGUUACACCAGCUGAGGAACCUGGACUUUUAAAAGAGCACCCUGACUAUGAUCAUUACGUAUUACUCCAACCAAAUAGGGUAAGUGAAGGUUACACAGACAUAAAAUUACCUGUCCUGAGAUAAAUGACCUCACAGAGAAACCUGCAAUAUGCCGAAAAUGCUGAAAAAGUCACCGCAAUCGCUAAAAGUAGAAUACUCUUGUACCCCGUGCAAGACAUGGUGCAACUUGUCCGACAAUAAUUUUGGAUGUUUGAAGCAAUGUUAGACGACGAAAUCGUUUCCAUUAGGACUUGUUUUGCAAAGCCAUUGCCCCCCGCCCUAGCUACGCGACUGUGUCCAAUUGGAAACAAUGGAACGUUUACCUUGAUGGACACUUGAUAUUUUAUAUUUCAUAAGUACAGUAGAAUUUGUUCUUUCAACAAAUAUGAUUAAAAAAAACUCAUGGUCGUUAUGGCUCAAGAUUAAUACUGGCAGUAUCAAAGUACAUCAGUGGCGUAAAUCUUCAGUUAUGGGCCCCCGGUUGAAGUAGUUUGGAGGGCCCCUUGAUUAUACAUGUUCCCCCAAUUUUUUUACAAUGCUAACCCUACGAAUUGAAUUUUUGACGAACAUGAGGAACACGAGGUCCAAAUAUUGCGCCAAAUUCUGCAACAAAAUUUGCGAGAGUAUAUUAUAGCUACUGAAUAUAACUAUUACUACAUCAAUUAAUAUGACACCGUAAACACAGCAAAACAAAAAACAGCUCCGUUUUCUAUUGCUUAAGCAACAACAACAACAACAUAGUUCAUAACAAUUAACAUACUGACAAGGUGUAAGCAAACACAAUUUAAAUUGCAACCAAAUUGUCUUAGUUAACUGUUAAAUUUAGUUGAUCCGGUCUUUUUCUCUCCAAAGAUAUCAAUCGUUUUGUCAAUCUCAAACCUUUUUUGCCUCUUCAACUUCAAUAUAGAAUUUACAGCAAGUGCAUGCAUUAAAUUUUUCCUAUACCAUUGUGGAUCCUAAAUAGUUUUUUUAUAAUAUUAAGUUAACUAAAUGAUCGGUUAGGUGCAGUGGCAACAGUGACGGGCAGAAAAAGAAAAAGAACUAUAAUUAAAAGAACUUGGAAUAAGUGCGGGUGAUUUCGUUUUCGCGAGUAAUGCUUGAGUAUAUAUAUAUAUAUAUAUAUAUAUAUAUAUAUAUAUAUAUAUAUAUAUAUAUAUAUAUAUAUAUAUAUAUAUAUAUAUUGUGAAUUUAGGAAAGGUUGUCCUCGAUAAAUAUAUAUUUAUAGAAAUAUACAUGACAUGUGACCAGAUAUAUCUAUCACAUGACUUCAUCUGAUUAAUUAUGCAAGCUGCUUACAAAAUUUUGAAGGAGUGCAUGAAGCUAUUUGGAUUUUAUUUGGACGAAAUAUCAAAACCUUACUGUGGCAAAAGCUAUUGUCCAACCGAUCAACAAGGAGAAUACAGCAUCAGACAUGUUUACUUCACCAAAAACAGUCACAACGUGUUUUACGUAUCUUCCUAAACACCGACAAUAUUUGCCCAGUUCAGUAUUGCAUUCCGCGAUGUAAUGUCGCAAUCAAACUCGAAAGUCGUUAGGCUGACCGGCUUGAGGUUGGGAAAGCGACGAACAAUAUUUUAAGAGUUUCAAACGUUCACUGCAUCGUUUAAAAUAUUUAUUUGGACGAGCUUUCUACUGCCAGUCUGCAGUCUUCCACGGGUAUAGAUUAAAGUAAAUGUGAUAUUUACAGUGGUACCGGUUUACAAAUACAAUAUUCUCACACAACAUACAAUUAUUGACAGUUCCGCCAACGCAUAUAAGAUUAAUGACUGUUUACAUUGAAAAUAAUUUAAGGUUUUUUGAGCAGAAAGCGGUAUUGUUCUGGCAUUCACUUCGAAUACCUGUCGAAGACUGCAGACUGGCAGUCGAAAGGUCGUCCAAAUAAAUAUUUUUAACCAGUAAACGUUUGGGGGUGUUAAUAUAAAUCCUGGUUUUGCCAUCUAACAUGUUUAGAAGAAUAUUUUUUCCUAAAGGCCGUUUUCCACUAAGCCGAAUUUUCCGCGCGGAGCGGAAUUUCUCUUUGUCUUGUGAUUUCUCGAGUGGAACUAAUUAGCAAAGACAAAUCUAAUUAGUUCCAGCAGAGAGCUGAUGAGACAAAAUAUUCGCUCUACAAAUUUCGUUAUAUUCCUACAGGGUGUAUCAAAAAAACGCAACCUCGGAAUUUCCCAAGAAAUGGACAUUGUUUUAAAGACAAAAGAUUUUAGGCGCCUGGGAAUUUAAAAUAGCACAACUGUCAAAAUUAUUGCACACGCGAGUGCAUAAAGCAAAAUUUAUGCAUGCAUUUAAUGCACAACAGCAACAGUAUGAUCUAUUAGAAUUGCGAAGUGAUUUCUUAGGAAAUUCCGAGUUUGCUUUUUUUUAUACACCCUGUAUAGGGAGGGAGAUGUAAUAUAUUCCUUCAUUGUGUAAAUGAAGUGCUCUCAUUUUUGUUUAUCAAUUGUUCUAAAAACAGUAAGGGUUUCCUUUUCCAGCAUGUCUCGUGUACAAUACCAACGAAAAAGCCGACUAAUUACUAAAUAUUAAGCAUGGCAAAAAUAUGAUGCAUACAAUAUUAACCUCUUUGUUGUUUAAAAAUGUUUUUAGCAAACAAAGAGAUUAAUAUGCUUGUGAUGUUACUCUGGGUGUAUAUUCACACCGGGCAGGCUUGAAAAAUAUGCCUGUCCAUGGCAGGAAUCAAACCUAGAACCUUUGGAAUACUAGCCCAAUGCUCUGCCAACUGCAUGAGCUACGUGGUCAAGUCGGUUCGAGUAUGGAAUAUUUCGGAACUAGGUCUAGUUCUUGUAUAUGUAAUCUAGUCAUCAUGAUUUUUAUAUAUAUACUCAGAGUAACAUCACAAACAUUUUAUUCACCUGAGUACAUUACACAAACACAGAAAAUAUAAAAAGAUUAAUAUUGUAUGCGUGCAUGCUUUUCUGUAGUCGUGCUUUGUGUAGUCGAAUUUCUGUGGUCAACUUUCUCAAGUUGGAUGGGAUAAAAAAUCAUAUAGAUUGUGCAUACAUUCACGUUAUUCUCCUUGUUGGUUGCUUUUGUCACACUAUUCUCCACCGUAAAAUGUCUGAGUAAGGUUUUGGCAUUUUGAGUUUGAUCAAAUAAAAUCCAAACUGCUUCACUCCUACGAAAUUUUGUAGGCAGCUUGCAUAAUUAAUCAGAUGAAGUCAUGUGAUAGAUAUAUCUGGUCACAUGUCAUGUAUAUUUCUAUAAAUAUAUAUUUAUCGAGGACAACCUUUCCUAAAUUCACAAUAUAUAUAUAUAUAUAUAUAUAUAUAUAUAUAUAUAUAUAUAUAUAUAUAUAUAUAUAUAUAUAUAUAUAUAUAUACAUAUAUAUAUAUAUAGUUAAAAAUAAAUUUUAUUAAAUUUCAAGUAAAUACAUAAAUACGUUUCGGGGCAUAGCCCCUUCGUCAGAAACUGACAAAUAUAUAUAUAUACGAGUAGGUCAGAAUAUAUAUAUACGAGUAGGUUUGUGGAUACGAAACGCAAAGAGUGCUCAAUAUCAUAAAGAUAGGGCAAAUGUAGAUAGGGCAAAUGCAGUUACUGUUUCAUCAGUAAAGAAUCAUCAGGCGGUAUGACAAGUUUCGAAAAUAGGGCAGCUUAUAUGUGUUUUGGCCGGAACGUGGGGGUGGGUGGCUGAAACAAAGCAUGCAAUCAUCUAUUGUUUGCGUUGUUUACGCGGAAAUGCCUAAUCGAAUUGUGGGAGUGUAUUGUUUGCGUUGUUUACGCGAAAUUUCUUCCUAUGUCUGCACGUAGAUAUAAUUUCCAUUCUUUUAUUGAGUAAACAGUUUUGGUUUUCUUUCAAAAUACAAAAUUUUUCCUCUAAACAUAAAUUAUAUCGUUUUGAUCCUCCCGUAUACGAAAUAGCGCGUUUCAAAAUUUGCCAAUUGAUAUUAAAAUCUUUCUUGCUAUCUUUCAACGUCCAAAUAUAUUUCGAAAGCUCAGUUUUGUUUGAGUGCUCUUUAUGCUCAGUGAACUUUUUAGAUGUAACUUUCAAUCUUAACAACGGCAAAUAUAGGCCCUAUAGGAAGCCCAAUGACGAUCCGCUAUACAUAAAUAGGUUCUCUAACCAUCCACCUAGCAUUAUAAGGCAGCUUCCUACAUAUAAGUUAACAAGCGCAUCGCAAUGCUUUCAUCAGAUCAGCAAACAUUUAUGGAAUCUGCACCUGCAUACCAAAACGCACUUGACCGUAGCAACUUUACCAUGACGCACUUGACCAAAACGCACUUGACCAUAGCAACUGGGCAAGCUUUUUAGCAAAAUGUGAUAAUGAAGAUCAUAAUCCUCAUAGGAGAUCUAAAUUGUGAUGUCAGUAAAACUAUACCUGACCCUCACACAUGUAAGUUGCAAUUUUUAUGUUCUCUGUAUCAGAUAGACCAACUUAUUAAAGAAUCUACAAGGCUAACUCCUAAAUCAGCUACACUAAUUGAUUUAAUAUUAACAAAUAGACCAGAAAAUAUUUCCAGAUCAGGUGUCAUUCACCUGGGAAUUCCAGAUCACAGCCUUGUCUACGCUGUGAGAAAAUUUUCACUACCGAAAGGAAGGCAAAAAAUUCGUCAGGUUCGUAACUUUGAAAACUUUGUCGAAAAUGAUUUCAUUCGGGAUGUGUCUCAAUUGCCUUGGGAGAUGGUCUAUCAGUUUGGAGAUCCCAAUUUAUGUUGGCAAGUCUGGAAAUCACUAUUAUUAGAUGCACUUAAUAGACAUGCCCCUCUGCGCCACAAGCGAAUAAGGAAUAACCCUGUCCCAUGGAUUAAUCCUCAAAUUAAAGAACUUAUGAGAAAAAGGGACUAUCACAAAAAAAAGGCCAUAAAAUAUGAUUCGGAGUCACAGUGGGAAUUGUAUAACACACUACGUAAUGAAGUAAAUAUAAACAUGCGGAAAGCAAAAUCUAAGUACUUUUGUGAUAAAAUCCAGGCAAGCUCUCAAAUGGGAGACAGUAAAAGCAGUUGGGCUUGGAUAAAUUCGCUCUUAGGAAGAAAGCAUAAGAAUGCAAAUAUUAAUGAACUGAAAGUAAAUGAUGAUAUUAUUUCUGAUGAUAAAUCUAUUACUGAAACAUUAAAUGAAUAUUUUAUAAAUAUUGGAAUGAAGAUGGCUGCUGAAUCAGCAUGUCAAAGCACUGAUGCUUUAAAUGAUCAAGUAAUUUAUGAAAGUACUUUGCUUCUUCCUAAAGAAAAUUUUCACUUCGCAGAUAUUACUAUAGAUAGUGUUUCCAAACGCCUACAAAAACUAAAUGUCUCUAAAGCGACAGGUAUGGAUGGAAUACCUGCGAAUAUUUUAAAACUGACAUCAACCCUUAUUGCUCCAUCUAUAACUUUUAUAUUUAACCUAUCGAUUAGAACUGGUAUUUAUAUAGAUGAGUGGAAAUUAGCAAGAGUUAUACCAAUUUACAAAUCUGAGGAUAAGCGUAAAUGCGAAAAUUAUAGACCAAUUUCAAUUCUUCCCAUAAUAAGUAAAAUAUUUGAAGGGGAAGUUUUUACUCAAAUAUAUAGCUUUUUGAAUAAACAUGCGCUUCUGUCUAAAUUUCAAUCCGGGUUUAGACCAAAACAUGGAACCUUAGGUGCUCUUAUACAAAUGUGUGAUCAAUGGCUACAAGACAUGGAUGAAGGCAAAAUAAAUGGAGUUGUUUUUCUUGAUAUAUGUAAAGCAUUUGACUCGGUGAAUCACGAGAUAUUAUUGGAGAAGCUUAAAACCCAGUUUGGAAUUCACGACAUUGAAUUAAAAUGGUUCCAAUCAUACUUAAGGAAUAGAAAGCAAGUGUGCUCUGUUAAUGAUCAAACUUCUUCUGCAAGAACAAUAAUAUGCGGAAUUCCGCAAGGAUCCAUACUUGGUCCAUUAUUGUUUUUGCUAUAUAUUAAUGAUAUGCCUGACAUUUUAGAAAGGACAACCCCAUGUCUUUAUACCGACGACACUCAGAUAUCUUCCUCUUCGCAUGAUUACGAUACAUUGAUUGACAAUUUGAAUAUGGACCUUUCCAGUAUUCAUAAAUGGCUUGCUAAAAACAAACUAAAAUAUCAUAGUCAAAAUAUCAAAGUCAUGUUUAUUGGAUCUACGCAUAAUCUAAAUCAUAAAAUAGGAAAUAGACCCGUUGAGAUUAACAAAAUCCCAGUCCCACAAACCAAUACAUUUAAAUGUCUAGGUGUAAAUCUAGAUGAAAAAUUAAGUUGGGAGAAACAUAUUGAUUCUUUAUGCCAUAAGAUUAGCGCUGGAAUAGGAGCAAUUAAAAGAAUAAAACCUUAUGUUCCACACAAAACCUUACAUGAUGUCUACAAAACAUUAAUUCAGCCUCAUUUUGAUUACUGUUCUCCCCUGUGGGAUAACUGUGGUUUUGGACUUCAAGACAAAUUGCAAAAAUUCCAAAAUCGAGCAGCAAGGGUGAUUACCGGAGCUGACUACGAUGUAAGAUCGUCUGAAGUCCUAAACAAAUUAGGUUGGGAAACCCUGGCUAGGAGACGAGAACAAAACAAGCUAGUAUUGAUGUAUAAAGUCUUGGGGAACCACACUGCGCCAAACCUUAAAGAUCUUUUUCUCGGAGAAAUGCAUCGCAGAAUAUUUAUGAUUUACGCAAUAGCGAAACUGAUCUCUCGUUAAAAAAACCGAAAACGGAAUUUCUAAAGAAAACAUUUGAAUACAGUGGAGCAAUUCUAUGGAAUAGUCUCCCGCAAGAUGUCAAGGCGGCUGAGUCAAUUACGUCAUUUAAAACAAUGGCGAAAUUGCAUUUAAGCAGAUAAUAAGCUAAUUUCUCCAGGACCAAAUGAUGGGAGGACAAUAUAGAUUGUGGGCGGGAGGGGGGUUAGUUUUGAGUGAGGGUGGGUGGGUACUUGUUUAGGGGGUGGAGGUUUUGGAGGAAGAUGAUAAAAUUUUAGGGUGGGAUUCUUACAUAUUUUGUUCUAUAUAUAAUUAACAUUUAGCUCUUUGUGUGUAUACGCCCUUCGUGGAAACCAGUUGUAAAUAAUUGUCGAAGUUAGCGUAUUGAAAUAAAGUUUUACAUACAUUACAUACAUACAUAAUCAUGAUCUUAACUACACUCAACACGCACCACAGCAAGCACGCAGAAAUAGGCAACGUAAUAUCAUUUGGUUCAACCCACCAUUUAGCAUGAAUGUCAGCACUAACAUAGGGCGUAAUUUUCUUAACCUUAUCGACAAGCACUUUCCUUCGCACCACAAGCUGCAUAAGAUCUUUAACAGAAAUACGGUACAAGUAAGUUAUAGCUGCAUGAGCAAUGUUAAGUCUAUAAUCACUAAGCACAAUGCACAUAUAGCUAGGAAGAACAAGGCACAGGGCAAGGGCACUGUCAAUUGCAGUUGUCCGAAAAACGCAAUAUGCCCACUUCAGAAACAAUGCAUGACUAAGGACGUAGUAUACAAAGCAACAGUCACAACAAGCAACCCUAACACGAUCAUGAAUUACAUUGGCAUGACAUCAACUACAUUUAAAGAGCGUUUGGCUAACCAUAACUAUACUUUCGAGCAUAAAGAGCACUCAAACAAAACUGAGCUUUCGAAAUAUAUUUGGACAUUGAAAGAUAGCAAGAAAGAUUUUAAUAUCAAUUGGCAAAUUUUGAAACGCGCUAUUUCGUAUACGGGAGGAUCAAAACGAUGUAAUUUAUGUUUAGAGGAAAAAUUUUGUAUUUUGAAAGAAAACCAAAACUGUUUACUCAAUAAAAGAAUGGAAAUUAUAUCAACGUGCAGACAUAGGAAGAAAUUUCGCGUAAACAACGCAAACAAUACACUCCCACAACUCGAUUAGGCAUUUCCGCGUAAACAACGCAAACAAUAGAUGAAUGCAUGCUUUGUUCCACCCACACACCCACAUUCCGGCCAAAACACAUAUAAGCAGUCCUAUUUUCGAAACUUGUCAUACCGCCUGAUGAUUCUUUACUGAUGAAACAGACUGUUGCGGAAUUUUGAGGUAAGCGAAAUUAUAUAUAUAUAUAUAUAUAUAUAUAUAUAUAUAUAUAUAUAUAUAUAUAUAUAUAUAUAUAUAUAUAUAUAUAUAUAUAUAUAUAUAUAUAUAUAUAUGUAUAUAUAUAUAUAUAUAUAUAUAUAUACGUUCUUCUAGAAGCUUUCCAUUGUUGGAAAGAACAGUUCCACACGGAAUUUUGUUUUUGCGUUAAUGAUAAGGUCGUCUGUGGCCCCUUCGUGAAAGAAUCUGGCAACCCUUCUUGUUCUUUUUUCAACAAAUGAAACAGGAAGUCCAAACUUAAGAGCAAGGAUAGUGGAUUUUUUAAAAAUCUUUUUCCAUUCUUAUUUCUUUAUCUAAAUUAAAUUUAGUGCUUUUCCCGAUUUGCCAGGAUCCAUAUCAAAUGCUUGCAUAUGUUUAGAUGCAAGAUUAAGCGCAGUAACAAUAUUUUCCCAGAUGAUAAGUGAAAGAAGAAAUUUUAGAGUGCUUAUCAUUAUAGCCUAAGAUUUCUCUUUGCGUUCACUUCCUUUACUAUAUUGCUUCAGGAGUUUCAGUCCUGAUUUCGGGUAAUCUGUCUUUACCGCUCGUAUAUAGUUUAUAAAGUCUUUUCUCGAUGACCAUCCGGUCGUGAAAAGCUAGUUAAGUUACAAUACAAUAAAAGUUAUAAUACAAUGUUUGUGUUAUUUGAUAUUAGCCAAGGGCCCCCUAAGAAGUUCCUUCUCCAGGGCCCCUGGUAUCGGCCAGGUUGGGCCCCUAGUAUUUGCGCCACUGAAGUACAUAUUUAGACUAGGAACGUGCAACGUCAGUUUGAAGAUCAAACUGCAUUAAAGUUGUUUUGCAGGCACCUCCAAAAUAUUGGAGCGAAGAUCUGAGCAGGUUGGUAAUGAAGCGCUGGCUUUCGCUCGAAACGUUGAAAUGUUUUUAUUAGAAUGUGAGGGUUUGUAAUCUAACAUUCUCAUAUUUAACAAUUAUUCGCCGAAGGCGAGGUGAUUAUCGGGAAUAUUUGCCGAGACGAAGUCGAGUCCUUCAUGUUUUUGGGGACUGAAUUUAUUUUAAUUUUGCUUAUUUCUUUAUCAGUAUAACGUCCACAAAACGGCUAGCCGCCAUUUUGAAAAUUUCGUUUUGUUUUAUUCACCUCUAGGUGAACAUAACAGCUUAAUACGUCAAAUUUGACCAACCAACUUGUAGGAUUUGUUAUGUUCAAUUGUUCAAAAACACUCAUAAUUCUUUCUAAUAAUAAUUCUAAUAUUAAUUCCACCAAGUGAAGUGCAAGAAAUCAAAUCAUCGAAACGUUUUUAGUCUUUUUCUGGUAGUCCAGAAUUUCUUCAGAUUGAUAUCCCCCUUCUCGGUUUCUGCGGCUAAAAUUACAUACUUUAGGUUCUUUUUUCCAAACAGAUCCAAUAUCCCCCGAUGGCCUCUUGUUUUAUCGCCCAAUUAUUCAAAUAUACGUAAAUUUUCACGCAGGAUUCAACAAAGCUCAACUGUCCUGAUUUUCCAUGUUUAAAUGGCGGAAGAUGUGUUGGUGGAUGUGGAAAUAAAUCAUCGUUUUGUAAUUGUUCUCGAUCUUAUGCAGGGAAAUAUUGUGAUAAAAUUUGUAAGUAA